AGUUGCUGUGUUUUUCCAGGGUAUUGGUGCCCUUCAAAAAAUUUCAGCAUUACUUUUUCAGUACUUUGGCGAAAUGAACGCAGGAACGUUUCAGCUCAUUUUUUUUGUUCUGACGUUUGCCGGAACCGGCUAUGCAGUGAAAACUUGUAGUACGUGGCAGGAUUAUUGGAACUUCUUCGGUGCCAACAGUUGUCGAGAGAAUUUGGACGCUGACGAUGAAUUUGUAGGAAUUGUUGGAAGAUGGGGUAAAAAAGUUGAAACACAUGAAAUAACCACUUACGAUGGUUAUAUAUUAACCUUAUUUCGAAUAGUAUCUAAUGAGCAGAAUGCGUCACCAGUGCUCCUAUUGCAUGGGAUUUUCAUGAAUUCCUUGGCUCUUGUUAACAGGGGAAAGAAAUCACUCGCCCAUCAGUUCGCCGAAAAGGGAUACGAUGUUUGGCUCUUGAAUUGGAGAGGUACUAAAUACAGCAAGAAGCACAUUGCACUGAAGUCAACAGAUAAGGCAUACUGGAGUUUCAGUUUACAUGAAUUGGGAAUCUAUGAUCUUCCUCAAGCCUUGCAAGAGAUCAAGAAGGCAAACAGUCAAAAAGUUUUAACUGUCGGUUUUGAGAUAGGAAAUACGGCAGCAUUUAUUUAUGCCUCCACAUAUCCCGAUGAGGCUAAAAAGUGUUUGAGUGGCAUGGUUGCUCUUUCACCUACUGGUGCUCCAAUAAACGUUGGUUUCUUUACCAAGAUGAUGUUUUAUUCGGUGCCUGUCUUGAUGAAGCCUAUGUUGCUUUAUUUUUAUCAUGGUGAAGUACCAGCUAUUUAUCAAAACUUUCGAGCUACAGUCUUCUGCAGGAAGAGUGGAAUUUGGUUCGCUAGAUUCUGUGAUGCAUCUUUUAUGAUGCCUACGGGACUUGAUAUAAAACAACAAGAUCCCGAUACAAUUCCAGUGAUCGUUGCCUUGAAUAAAGACAGCAACUCUCUCAUGACUUUCGAGCAUUUUUAUCAGAUGGCAGUGAAUAGGAAUUUCCAACAGUUCGAUUACGGAGAUGAAAAAAAUAGGGCAAUGUAUGGAAAGAAUAAGCCGCCAUCGUAUGAUUUGUCGAAAAUAAAUGUUCCACAACUAUUUUUCGUGGGAAGAAAUGACAAAGCUGGUACCUUACAGGAUGCCACGGUUAUGUACCAGCAUAUACCAAGUGAAUAUCAGCAGGAAUUUUAUGUUAUAGAGUACGAGAAAUUCGGACUAGCGGAUUUUGUACAAGCUAAAGAUAUCAAUGAUUUUCUUCACUCUCAUUUAAUGUCCAGUGUCACAAAUCUUGUGCCCCCAGUAGGCGCUAAUUAAAAAAAUAUUGUUCAUAACCAUUGAGAAGAGAAUUAUAUUGUCGAAUCAAUAUAAAAUUUUUUUGAAUA